AUGUGCAAAGCAUUUCUACCUGUAAUGAUGGAUCGUAACCAUGGACACAUUGUGAACGUAGCCAGUUCUGCGGGUCUGCUGGGAGUGAAUGGUCUCUGUGACUACUGUGCCAGUAAAUUUGGAGCCGUCGGCUUCGACGAGUCUCUCAGGUUUGAAUUGGAAAUGCUGGGAAAAGAUGGCGUCCACACCACAGUUGUCUGCCCUUUCUAUAUUUCCACGGGCAUGUUUGAAGGCUGUAAGACAAGAGUUCCGUGGUUGCUGCCAAUCCUCAAACCCGAAGAAGCUUCCAACAGGAUUGUAGACGCUGUCCUCUGUAACCAGAAAGUAAUCAUACUGCCGCGCGCCCUCUACUUCUUUAUGGCACUGAAAGGGAUCAUUCCCACAAAAGUGCUGUCAAUAUUGUGUCGGUACUUUGGUGCCUCCAACUCAAUGGACGACUUCAAAGGGCGCAGCGAGAAACGAGAUUAGACAGCUGGGUUUGGAUCGUUUAGUGAAAUCCAGAUAAUCUAGAG